AUGGGUCGUCUAUACAACUGGGGCUGUGCCAUGGUGGCUGGAUCCGGUAGCAUGCUCUACGGCUAUGAUGCAGCCAUCAUCGCUUCGACAUUUGCUCAGACCGGCUUCAUAGAUUACUUCAAGCCCAAUGCGACAGUAAUGGGGGCGAUCGGAUCGAGUUACUUUGGCGGAGUCGUUCUUGGCCUGGUCCUCAUCACCAUGAUCGCCCAGAGGCUAGGUAGGAAAAGAUCCAUACAGGUUGGCGGCGUGAUAGGUCUCGUCGGCGCCAUCAUGCAGACCGCCGCUCAAGACAUUGCCGUCUUCUUUGUCGGCCGGGUUAUCGCAGGAGCGUCAUCUGGCAUCAUGUUGACCACUGUCAACGUGUACCAGUCUGAAAUUGCACCGCCCAAGGAACGAGGUGCCAUGGUCGCGUUCCAGCUUCUCGUCCUUUCCGCAGCCGGAGCCCUGGCGUCGUGGGUCGGAUACGCAUGUCACUUCUCAUCCAAUGCCACCUUCUCUUGGUAUGGAUCACGAUCCCCAGACUUCCUCGUUGGCAACAUGGUUCACUAA